AUGGCACCAAGAAGCGUCAUAACAACCUACCCCCACGCCCACCACCGACGCUACGCCUCGCCCCCAAUAAGCCCCUCCACCUACGCCCCGGACGCAAACGACAUCCUCGCCGAACUAGGCCUGCGCGCCGACGACUCGGCGUCGAGCGCGGGCGACUCCAGCACGGGAUUCUCGACCGUCGACUCGGGCGUCAACGUCAACGGUGGCGGCAGUGAGAAUACGGGAAGCGGGAGCGGGGCCGGGGCCCGGAGGAGGAGGCGGAGGAAUCGUAAUCGUAACCGGAAUGGGAACGGGAACGGCGGCGGCAUCAAUAACAACUACGGCAACGGCAACGGCAACGGCAACGGCAACGGCAAUGGCAAUGGCAAUGGCAAUGGCAAUGGCAAUGGCAAUGGCAAUCAUCAGGCUGCGUUUAAUGGCAGCGCUGGAAGUAUCAAUAUUGAUAACAAGAAUGGAAACGGCGGGAAUCUCAACAGGCAGACGACGGUGGUGAUUCCCCGGCAGGGCGGGGACCGGGAUGAGAAGCCUGUGAGGUUGCAGAUUGGGUUGAAUCUGGAUGUUGAUCUGGAGCUCAAGGCCAAGUUGAAGGGAGAUAUUUGCUUGUCUUUGGUAGUGGAGAGAAGAUUCUCCAAACGCGAAUCGAUGCGGGUGAAGCCCAACUGGAAGGGCGAAGUCGACGUUAAAGAAAUGUUCCAUAUGCGCCUCGGCAAGUUCAGCUUUAGGCAGCGGUGGAUUGAUCGCGAGGUCAGCGAGAGUCUUACGGUGGCGAUUGGGGUCUCGCUUGUUUUGGGCGGGUUCGUUGCUGGGUUUGCGGCGUCGAGAUGGUUGUGCUGAUUCUUUCUCCAAUGUCGUCUUUUGUAUGGCAAGAGGAACUAGGGGAGCAAAGAGGCGGG